AUGGAUCAUUUGAAAGUAUGGGAAAAAGAUGUUGAACAUGGUGGAACUAAAUUUGAUAAAUAUCAUGUGAUUGAUUCUUGGACGUAUGACCGCUUCGUCGAGGCAAGACAAAAUUAUCAACAAGUGACUACACGAAAUUUGCAGCAAUGGGCUUUAGCUGCAGCCAGCCAGUUUCCUAAUCUUCAAUUUACAGCGUCCGACCCAUGGGUAAAAAAAUUUAAACAAAGACACAACAUUCGUCAACGCAAAAUUACAAAAUUUGUAACAGACAAAGAAGUUCACACCAUGCCAGAAAUUAUCGCCUCUGCAGAAAUGUUUCGCAUUCAAACAAAACAAUUGAUAUCUAACUUCGAUAGUGACUUCGUUAUUAAUACAGAUCAAACAGGAUGUCAAUACCAAUCAAUGUUUAAUAGGACACUGACGGAAAAAGGAAGCAAAACAGUGUUUGCAAAAGUACAAGACAUGACCAAGGUGUCACACUCAUAUACUGCACAAUAUAGCAUAACAUUAUCUGGAAAAUUACUACCACAUGUUUUUAUUUGUUUGCAAGAGCCUACAGGUGAUUUUGGGCCAAGAAUAAAGAAAAAGGGGUUUCCCGAUAUUAUUGGAGCAAUUGAUGGAUGUCAUAUUGAAAUUUUGCAACCACCAGGUAACGCUAACGAUUAUUAUAAUCGAAAAGAGAAACAUUCCAUAAUAUUACAAGGUACAUGUGAUGAUAAGGAAAAAUUCAUAGACGUUCUAAUUGGAAGACCAGGGAGAGCACACGAUGCGUCUGUUUUUAGAUCUUAUACUUUAUUCACCCGACUAACAGAUGCUGAAAAUCCCCAAUUACAGCCUAACCAGCAUAUACUAGGUGAUGCUGCGUAUCCAUUAAUGAUGAAUCUUUUAACGCCUUUUAAAGACAAUGGUCAUCUCACUAGACGUCAAGUCAAUUAUAAUAUCAAACAUGCGUCAUCUCGAUCAAUAAUCGAACGCGCGUUUGGUUUAUUAAAAGGAAAAUUUCGUAGACUACAAUACUUAAACGUUGAGUCUGUUGAAAUGGCCAUCAAAAUGGUUUCUGCAGCAUGUACUUUGCACAAUUUCAUUUUAAUUCAAGGAGAUGUAAAUGUUGGGAACAAUUUUCCAGGCCAAAAUAUUAAUAAUAAUAACAAUAUUGAUAACAAUGAUGCAAUGGAAAUUGAUGUAAAUGUAGAAGAGGAAAAUGAAAAUGCCGAUGCAAGUGCAAAGCAAAAUGACAUCAUGGAUUCUAUGUAAGUUACAGAAGAUUAAUAGUUGGGCGAUUCUCUUUAAAGACGUCUUAAAUCUGUACAAAAUUCUCGACCAAAUUAUUUCUGAUUUUAUUAGAAAAAAAAAUUAAC